UGACUUCACCGAUACUGUUUUGCAGUACUUGAGGCUUCACGCACCUCAGUCCGUCUAUCUUGAAUUUCAGGUGGACACCUGGCUGAUUAUGAAGACAAAUCUGACACGUUUCGAAAGAAAUUGCUUAUUUAAAAGUUUUUAAAAUGGGUAAAAAGGAUAAAGGAGACCGGGAGAGGAAGUCCAAAAAGCGUUCUUAUGAGGACGAAGAGGAGGAAGAAGAGGUGGUGGGCGGCGAGUCUCAGGAGGCCAUACCUGCUGCUGCUGGGAAACAAGUGGAUGAGUCCAGUACAAAACUGGAUGAGUAUGGAGCCAAAGACUACCGCGUUCAGAUGCUACUAAAGAAUGAUCACUCUUCACGCCCCCUCUGGGUGGCUCCAGAUGGACACAUCUUUCUGGAAGCCUUCUCCCCAGUGUAUAGGUACGCCCAGGAUUUCUUGGUGGCCAUUGCAGAGCCGGUGUGCAGGCCUAACCACAUCCAUGAGUACAAGCUGACGGCCUAUUCCCUGUAUGCAGCUGUCAGUGUGGGGCUGCAGACCUCUGAUAUUGUGGAGUACCUGCAGAAACUCAGCAAGACAUCUGUACCUGAUGGAAUCGUGCAGUUCAUUAAGCUCUGCACAGUGAGCUACGGCAAAGUCAAGCUGGUGCUCAAGCACAAUAGGUAUUUCGUUGAGAGUGCCUUCCCUGAUGUGAUCCAGCGCCUCCUGCAGGACAACGUUAUCCGUGAAUGUCGUCUCCGUACGGCAGACGGAGCAGACACUGAGCUUAUUACUGAAGUCAUCCACAGCAAGUCAGCCAUCUCCAAGUCUGUGCAGGAGAAGGGAGGUGCUUCCACCUCACAGCAGCCCAGCGAGGGACAAACGUCAACCCAGCAGGUCCCUGAGGACAUCUUCAGCUACUAUGAGCAGAUGGAUAAAGAAGAGGAGGAGGAGGAGGAGACUCAGACUGUGUCGUUUGAGAUUCGCCAGGAGAUGAUUGAAGAACUUCAGAAACGUUGUAUUCAGCUGGAGUACCCCCUCCUAGCAGAGUACGACUUUCGCAACGAUACAGUAAACCCAGACAUCAAUAUAGACCUGAAGCCCACCGCUGUGUUGCGGCCCUACCAGGAAAAGAGUCUGCGCAAGAUGUUUGGGAAUGGACGUGCUCGCUCUGGGGUCAUUGUGCUGCCCUGUGGAGCUGGCAAAUCUUUGGUGGGCGUGACGGCAGCGUGCACUGUGCGUAAACGCUGCCUGGUGUUGGGUAACUCCUCUGUGUCAGUGGAGCAGUGGAAGGCCCAGUUCAAGAUGUGGUCGACCAUUGAUGACUCUCAGAUCUGCCGCUUCACCUCCGAUGCCAAGGACAAACCCAUCGGCUGCUCGGUGGCCAUCAGCACCUACUCUAUGCUGGGUCACACCACCAAGCGCUCCUGGGAGGCUGAGAGGGUCAUGGAGUGGAUGCGCAGCCAGGAGUGGGGACUCAUAAUCUUGGAUGAGGUGCACACUAUCCCUGCCAAGAUGUUUCGUCGCGUUCUGACCAUUGUCCAGGCACACUGCAAACUGGGUCUCACUGCCACACUGGUCAGGGAAGAUGACAAGAUUGUGGACCUCAACUUCCUGAUUGGGCCUAAGCUAUUUGAGGCCAACUGGAUGGAACUGCAGAACAAUGGCUACAUUGCCAAAGUCCAGUGCGCAGAGGUGUGGUGCCCGAUGUCUCCAGAGUUUUACAGAGAGUAUGUGGCCAUCAAGACAAAGAAGCGCAUCCUACUUUAUACCAUGAACCCCAAUAAGUUCCGUGCUUGCCAGUUUCUCAUUCGCUUUCAUGAGCGGCGCAAUGACAAGAUCAUUGUCUUUGCUGACAACGUGUUUGCCUUGAAGGAAUACGCCAUUCGCCUCAACAAGCCUUACAUCUAUGGUCCAACCUCUCAGGGGGAACGUAUGCAGAUUUUACAGAACUUCAAACACAACCCCAAGAUCAACACCAUUUUCAUCUCCAAGGUUGGAGACACCUCAUUUGACUUGCCAGAAGCCAAUGUUCUUAUCCAGAUCUCCUCCCAUGGUGGGUCACGCAGACAGGAGGCCCAGAGGCUUGGGAGAGUCUUACGAGCCAAGAAAGGAAUGGUAGCAGAGGAGUACAAUGCAUACUUCUAUUCGCUGGUGUCCCAGGAUACCCAGGAGAUGGCCUACUCCACCAAGAGGCAGAGGUUCCUGGUAGACCAGGGAUACAGCUUUAAGGUCAUCACAAAGAUGGCAGGUAUGGAGGAGGAGGACUUAAUGUUCUCCACCAGAGAUGAGCAACAGCAGCUGCUUCAGAAGGUCCUAGCUGCAUCAGACCUGGAUGCUGAGGAGGAAGUUGUGGCAGGGGAGGUGGGCGCACGACCGCAGUUCUCGAGGCGAACGGGCACCAUGAGCUCCAUGUCAGGUGCAGAUGACGCCAUCUACAUGGAAUAUCAAAGCCGAGGCAACAAAGCCUCCGCAGCGUUGAAGAGCGUUCAUCCACUGUUCAAGCGCUUCAGAAAAUAGAUGAACCGACUCAGACCCUGACACCAGAAGACUUACUCAGCUGCAGCUGGGCAAUAGGAUGAAGUUGGGGCACAAUAAUAUACACUGAGUCUAAGCACCAGACUAAUAGCAGCAGGUUCAGAUAGUCCAGCUGGUCUGGAGAAGAGAACAAUGACUGAAGAUAACCCAAAACUGAAUAAUAUCUGAAGCUAAUGAUGAUACAGUAUACUGUACAUUGCUUCCUCCGGGUAGCUGCUGGUGAUCAUGGCUAAACUGACAUGUACAACCUGGUACAUCUGAUAAGAAUGCAGUGAACGAUGCCUGCAGGGCUCGGCUGCUCUAUGUGAUGAAUUAGAAAUUUUCAGCUCCAGCUCCCUCAAACACCUACAUGCACGACAUUUGCAGAUGAAAUGCAUUGCAAACUCUCCAAGUAUCAACCACUUUUGGCUCUCGUUUGUAAUAGAAACAAAACAAACUUUGCCUGAGUUGUGUUGCAGUGAUGCGGCUAGCCAAUCACGGCAUGCUCUGAAACAAAAUUAGGUGUUGUUUAUGAUAUUCAAGCUACAGACGGAUGACAAAUUAAAGGAAGAAGCUGAAAAAAGAGAAACAGGAUGACACUGUCCCCAUCCAUAGGGCACAAGGGGGUCACUGGAUGGUUUGAUGAGUAUGAA